UAUCAUCAUUAUUGUUAUCAUAUUUUUUGCGUUAUUGUGGUUAAACGAUAUUUUCAAUGCGCGGCUUGAUUUUAAACUGCCAAUGUGAAGUUGGCGGCACUUUUAUUUUAAAUUUGACAAUGACUUGACUGAUGUUUGUGUUGUUAGCAUCGCAAGCUAACCGUUUGUUUUUUUUAAUUUGAGGUCAAAAGCGUUUUUAUUGGCUCCUCUUCAGUAGUUGUGUACUCCCGUCAGUGGCGAGGGAGCCCCCGGGGGAGAAGUGUGGGGGGACGCGGUUAAAGGGACGUUUCCACCCCGCGGAGGUGCCAUAUCAUCAAAGUUUCUCCUGCAGAAGUCAGCUCCGCUCCGGCUGGACGGCACACACCACUUCCCCCAGAGCCGAGGAGACACUGGAGAGAGGCUGGAUUUAAACCCGCCCUCCGGAGGGAUCUCGUUUCCCCCCAAAUCCUCCCAUUUCUCUCUCUGUCUGUCUUUCCCUGUGUCUUCCUUCACCUUUAUCCCUCGCCUCUCGCCGUUUCCCCCACCACAAUCAUGGAUCUCACGGCGAGAUGUUGGUGUCUCCUGUCCUGUCUCUCCGUGAUAUCGGCCAUCGAUUUGGACACGAUUGAUCCGGGCUACUACGUGGAACCUACUGCCACAUCAGAGGUGAUCGACUAUAAGGAUCCUUGUAAAGCUGCUGCGUUUCUUGGAGACAUUGCCCUGGAUGAGGAGGACUUGCGGUCUUUUAAGGUGGACAGAAUCAUCGAUUUGGCUCAUAGGACAGUCCAUACCGUCAAUCGCACAAAUACAGGUCCAUCUCCCAGGAGUAGACAGAACAGACAAGGCUCCCACCGCAGGAAAAGAGCCGCCACCUCCCGACCUGAGCGUGUUUGGCCUGAAGGUGUAAUUCCAUAUGUCAUCAGCGGUAAUUUUACUGGCAGUCAGCGAGCCAUAUUCCGCCAGGCUAUGCGGCACUGGGAGAAGCACACCUGUGUGACCUUUAUUGAGCGAACUCAGGAGGAGAGCUAUAUUGUCUUCACUUACCGUCCAUGUGGGUGCUGCUCCUAUGUGGGACGUCGUGGAGGCGGCCCUCAGGCCAUAAGCAUUGGGAAAAACUGCGACAAGUUUGGGAUCGUGGUCCACGAGCUGGGUCACGUGAUUGGCUUCUGGCACGAGCACACGAGGCCUGAUCGAGACGAACACGUCAGCAUCAUCAGGGACAACAUUCAACCAGGACAGGAGUACAACUUUUUGAAGAUGGAGCCAGGGGAGGUGGACUCUCUAGGAGAGGUCUAUGACUUUGACAGCAUCAUGCACUACGCCAGGAACACAUUCUCCAGGGGCAUCUUCUUGGACACCAUCCUGCCACGCUAUGAUGUGAACGGUGUGCGACCACCCAUUGGCCAGAGGACCAGACUGAGCAAAGGGGAUAUCGCACAGGCACGCAAACUCUACAAAUGCUCCAGAUGUGGAGACAGUCUGCAGGACAGCAGCGGGAACUUCUCCUCCCCUGGUUUCCCCAAUGGAUACUCUGCGUACAUGCACUGCAUCUGGAGGAUAUCAGUAACCCCCGGAGAAAAGAUCAUUUUGAACUUCACCUCCAUGGAUCUGUACAGGAGUCACCUGUGUUGGUACGACCACGUGGAAAUCAGGGACGGAUACUGGAGGAAGGCGCCACUAAAAGGUCGAUUCUGCGGCGACAAACUUCCCGAGCCAAUCAUCUCCACCGACAGCCGGCUGUGGAUUGAGUUCCGCAGCAGCAGCAACUGGGUGGGAAAAGGUUUCUCUGCAGUUUAUGAGGCCAUCUGUGGAGGGGAGGUGAAGAAGGAUAACGGCCAGAUCCAGUCUCCAAACUACCCAGACGACUACAGACCGAACAAAGUCUGUGUGUGGAAGAUUACUGUCGCUCAGGGCUUCCAUGUGGGCCUUACCUUCCAGUCCUUUGAGAUUGAACGUCACGAUAGCUGUGCCUACGACUACCUGGAGGUGCGAGACGGAAACUCGGAGAACAGUCGCCUUCUGGGCCGCUUCUGCGGCUACGAUAAACCCGAUGACAUCAAAACCAGCUCCAACCAGCUGUGGAUGAAGUUUGUCUCAGAUGGCUCCGUGAACAAGGCAGGCUUCGCUGCCAACUUUUUUAAAGAGAUGGACGAGUGCUCCAAGCCGGACAACGGUCGCUGUGAGCAACGCUGUGUCAACACGCUAGGCAGCUACAAGUGCGCAUGUGACCCAGGCUACGAGCUGGCUGCCGACAAGCGCAGCUGCGAGGCCGCCUGUGGAGGCUUCAUCACCAAGCUGAAUGGCUCCAUCACCAGCCCUGGCUGGCCCCGAGAGUACCCCCCAAACAAGAACUGUAUCUGGCAGCUGGUGGCCCCCACACAGUACCGCAUCACUCUGCUCUUCGAUGUGUUCGAGACGGAGGGCAACGAUGUCUGCAAGUACGACUACGUGGAGGUGCGCAGCGGCCUUUCCGCCGAUUCCAAACUCCAUGGCAAGUUUUGUGGCGCAGAGAAGCCGGAAGCGAUCACCUCCCAGUACAACAACAUGCGCAUCGAGUUCAAGUCAGACAACACCGUGUCCAAGAAAGGCUUCAAAGCUCAGUUCUUUUCAGAUAAAGACGAGUGCUCCAAGGAGAACGGCGGCUGCCAGCAUGAAUGCGUCAACACUUUCGGGAGCUACAGCUGUCAGUGCCGCAGCGGUUUCGUGCUGCACGAGAACAAACACGACUGUAAAGAAGCUGGCUGCGAUCACACCGUGAACAGUGUGAGCGGCACCAUCACCAGCCCCAAUUGGCCCGAUAAAUACCCCAGCAAGAAGGCGUGCACCUGGGCGCUCACCACCACACCAGGCCACCGCAUCAAGAUCGCUUUUAAUGAGAUCGACAUGGAGGCUCACAUCGAAUGUGCCUAUGAUCACAUCGAGAUUUAUGACGGCAAAGACGGGAAAUCACAGAGUCUGGGUCGAUUCUGUGGCACCAAGAAGCCCCCGCCCAUCACCUCCAGUGGCAACAAGCUGUUCAUCCGCUUCUUCUCAGACAACUCCGUGCAGAAGAAAGGCUUUGAGGCGUCACACACCGCAGAAUGUGGAGGUCGUCUGAAGGCCGAGGUCAAGACCAAGGACCUCUUCUCACACGCCCAGUUUGGGGACAACAACUACCCCGGAGCCUCGGACUGCCAGUGGGUGAUCUCGGCCGAGAAAGGUUACGGAGUGGAGCUCAUCUUCCAGACCUUCGAGAUCGAGGAGGAGGCGGACUGCGGCUACGACUACAUGGAGCUCUUCGACGGGGCGGACACCAAGUCUCCCAGGCUGGGACGUUACUGCGGAUCUGGGCCUCCAGAGGAGAUCUACUCGGCCGGAGACUCCAUCGUGAUCAAGUUCCGCUCCGACGAUACCAUCAACAAGAAGGGCUUCCACGUCCGCUACACCAGCACCAAGUUCCAGGACACGCUGCACUCCCGCAAGUGACCAGCGGGGGCCGCAAGGGGCCGCGCGGGGCAGAGGGGCACACGCAGGGGGCCCCAGGGGAGGCGCCAGCCUGACGCUCGGAAACCUUCGGCCACCAAGACCAUUCAGACACGACAGAACAGCCGCAAGACCACCAACCGCACCUCAGCUACGAGGGGCUCUAGCUCCCCCCACUGACUGUGAGGAGUAAAGCCAUCCUGCAGUACCUUGUUUUUACCUUUUUACGGUUAGGAUUGGGGUGGGAGGGCGAAGGUCCACUUGAGAGGGGGCACCACGACCUGGCCCCCUCCAGACCCUUUUAUUUUUCUUUCUAUUUUUUUUUUCUUUUUUUUUUUUCUUUUUUUUAUCAAGGCCUCCCAGCCAGGCACAAACACACAGUGGACUCUCAGGACCCCUGCUUUUGUCGGGCCGGCCCAUCUCACCCGGGGGAGGAGCAGGGCAGGGUCUCCUGCACCCCUCCGUGGCACCGCUCCUCCCCCCCGCCCCACACACCCUCAGCCCUGGGCUUUAAGGAUCCACGUCCAUAACAAGGAUUUAGAAGGACAUGACUUGAGCAUCCGUUGCAUGUAAUAAGCAGGAGAGAGGAGAAACUGUCGUGGCCACACCAGCGUUUGUAACCGGCGGUUGUUACUCUAACAAGGAAUUUAAGGAAGCAGUUAUAUCUAAUUAAAGGACUAAUCCAUGAAUCGUGGUCCGUGUCUCCUGGGUGGUGAUUACUGUACCUCCGUGUGUAAAGUCAUGUGAUUGAUCCAAGGGAACAUGUGCUUCUCUCAGUUCGAACCAGUUAGCACUUUACAGUGAAUUGUUCCAAAAUCAUGAGCUUAUGAGUUUUUGUGAAAUGCAAUGCCAGUUCACUUAUUUUUAAAUGCAUUUUAUCUCUUUGUUUUUGUUGUUUUUACCAUUGCUCCAUUAGUUCCUCAGGCAUACUUGAACGUUGUGUGUGCCCUGUAACGUGGGGUAAUAAAGAUUUGACUUGUG